AUGGAGGCCAAGUCCGGCAAGCUGCACAAGCUCGGCUCCGGGUUCUUCGGCCCGAAAUGGACCGAGAAAUGGGUACACCUCGACGGCACAGUGCUGAAGUGCUUCCCCAUGGCCGUGGAGCAGCAGGUUUUCUCACUCGGCAGCUCGCGCCAGAGCAACUGCUACGAGCUACUGGAGUACAAGUUUGCGCUGGCAGACGAGAAAAAAGUGAGCCGCAAGUUUGCUUUCCAGUUGGAAUCGAUCGAGAAGUCGUCGAAGGUCGUGACGUUUGCCUGCUCGUCGGAGAAGGAGCUGGCCGAGUGGAAAUACACACUUACCUCGAGGUUGUGCCUUCCUGCCGAUGCGCACGUCUCUCCAGUGUAUGUGUGA